ACUACAGAGAGAAGAGAGACACACAGGAGAAAGAGAGAGACACGUGGAGAAAGAUAAACCUUGAGGAAGAGACGGUGACCACAGAAGUGAAGAUUGGACGGACGUGUGUCACUGUCCCUGGAUGUGUGUUUUUGUGAGUGUGUGUGUUUGUGUAUAUGUGUGAGAGAGAUUGACAUGGCAGUGACACACACCUGGACCUGUCUCCUUCUGUGGAUCAGCACCUCGACUCAGACCACAACCCCAGGUGAGACUGCCUCUGAUUGGCCUUGAUUGACAUGGUGAGUUUAGAUGAUUUGGUAACUGGUUGGUUAGAGCAGCCAGGUCACACCAGAUCCAAUGCAGUAUUCGAGGUCCCCAGGACGUCAGGAGAUGCCUUCAAUACCGGCCACUAGGGGCAACAGUGAGCGCUAUUACCAUCAAGUAGGUCCGCUGCUUGCUAUGGCGUUAUGGAUGGGGAUGGUAGAUGGGCGUAAGUCGCGUGCUCCGGCUUCAAAGAUCACAGGUUCAAUCCCAGUGCUAGGCACUUUACCCAAUCAUGUGCUCCGCCUCUGAGGAUUGUGGGUCAAUCCCAGGGCUAGGCACUCAUUUUUAUUUCGUUGAAGUCAGACCGUAUCAGACCAUGAGAUCUUGUAGCCUGGUUCCCAGCAGGAACUGCACCACCACACCCAACUUUACUAAUUACCUCAAUAACUGAGAUAAUUAAUCAAUCAGUGAUUGGCUAAAUUCCACCUACUUGGCUUCCCAGUUCUAAAGCAAAAAAGGUAAACUCAAAAACCUGCUGUUCUCCAGGAAGAAAGUUGACCAACCCUGUGUUAAAUGAUCAAUAAAGGUUAGUAUAUAUACAUUAACUCAGUAUCUCUGUUGACUUCACACAGAUACUGCCAAGACAAAACACACACACAUACAUACACACACACACACACACACACAGAGGAGUCUAUAUGUUGUUUGUACAGUGAACCACUGUGGUUUCACUCCACCACAUGAAGGUGUUUAUAUGAGUGCAAUGCAGGUUUAAUUGAAUGAAUUCCUCUGAUUGCCAAUAGUCGCUGAGGUGUAUAUAACAGGUGUGUGUGUUCUCUUUACAGACACUCACGUGACAUGUGUGUUCUUGGAGGACUGUGUCCUGCCCUGCAGCUUCCAGCCAGACAGUGAUGAGGUCAUCCACUGGCUCAAACAGGAAGUGCCUGUCCACUCCUUCCAGCGAGGAGGGGAGCGGACUGAGCAUGAGCAGUAUGCUGGCCGCACCUCCCUCUUCACACACCUGUUCUCCCGUGGCAACGCAUCGCUGCACUUGAGGGGGUGUGGCCCCAGGGACCGCGGCAAAUACAAGUGUCACGUGCGUACCUCUGCAGGCAUGCACGAAGCCCAUGUCAUCGUCAGGGUGGAGGGUGAGUCAAGCUGUCAAUUGAACAGUAGACACACCCACAGUGACUGUCCUAGCUUAUUGCAGUUAUUCUAUCAAUGGAUGAUCAGUUGGUUUGUGUAUAUACACUACCGUUCAAAAGUUUGUGGUCACUUAGAAAUGUUCUUGUUUUCGAAAGAAAAUCAAAUUUUUUGUCCAUUUAAAUAACAUCAAAUUGAUCAGAAAUACUGUAUUUCUGAUCAAUUUGAUGUUAUUUUUAAUUGCUUUUCUUUCGAAAACAAGGACAUUUCUAAAUGACCCCAAACUUUUGAACAGUAGUGUAUGUGUGUGUGUGUGUGUGUAGCGCGUAUCCGGGGCCUGUCUCUGGAGCUGUCCAGACUAAGUGGCUAUGAAGAGGUGAAGUGUACCAUGCGACACGUCUACCCUGCCCCUCACGUUGCCUGGGCAACUGACCCGCCCACCGCCCAGCCACUUCGACCAAUAACGCGUAAGCUGGCUGACCGACAGGGGCUGUAUGCAGUGGAGAGCCGGCUGAGGAGGCUGAACAGCCAACCAGAGCUCACCUACAUCUGUACUGUCAACUCCUCCUAUGGAUCACAGACGUGGACCGCUUCACUCAGAGAAAGAGGUAUGACACUCUCACACACACACACUGUUUUGUUAAACUUUAAAAGCUUUUUGUAAUCUCUCUCUCUCUCUCGCUCUCUCUGUGUUUCUCUCGCUCUCUUUCUCUCUCUGUCUCUCAGAGAUCAAUGGAAUAGAAGGGAAGGCUCUGACCAUUCCUUGCCACGCCCCAUCCUACAUGCCUAAAUCCUCCCUCUCCUGGAGUUUCACAAAUCACAACGAAGCGGCUCUCAUCCUCACCUACGACAGCCAAUCACAGCUCAGUUCUGCCUCAGCACCCUGGGAGGCCUGUGCGCAAUUGGAUGUCCUCAGGGUUCCGCUCGGUGACGGAUCGAUGCAAUUGGUCAACCCAAUCAGUCUGGAACACACAGGGAUCUAUACCUGUGUUUACUCUUCCCCCCAGAACACACACACAGAACACACCGGGGUCAACAUCUCAGCUGUCACUGGUGAGAGAUCACACACCUACACGCACUAACCAUACCUACUAGUGUAUGUUAGGGGUUUACUGUCUCUGUCUGUUACCUGUGUGUCUGUUACCUGUGUGUAUGUUACCUGUGUGUCUGUUACCUGUGUGUAUGUUACCUGUGUGUAUGUUACCUGUGUUUAUGUUACCUGGGUGUCUGUUACCUGUGUGUCUGUUACCUGUGUGUAUGUUACCUGUGUGUCUGUUAACUGUGUGUAUGUUACCUGUGUGUCUGUUACCUGUGUGUAUGUUACCUGUGUGUAUGUUAACUGUGUGUAUGUUACCUGUGUGUAUAUUACCUGUGUGUAUAUUACCUGUGUGUAUGUUACCUGUGUGUCUGUUACCUGUGUGUAUGUUACCUGUGUGUCUUACCUGUGUGUAUGUUACCUGUGUGUAUGUUACCUGUGUGUAUGUUACCUGUGUGUAUGUCAGCUGUGUGUAUGUUACCUGUGUGUAUGUUACCUGUGUGUAUGUCAGCUGUGUGUAUGUUACCUGUGUGUAUGUUACCUGUGUGUAUGUUACCUGUGUGUAUAUUACCUGUGUGUAUAUUUCCUGUGUGUAUAUUACCUGUGUGUAUGUUACCUGUGUGUAUGUCAGCUGUGUGUAUGUUACCUGUGUGUAUGUUACCUGUGUAAAGGUGAGCGUAUGCGACGUCAAGAGGCGUCUCAGUGGUGGAUCUUUGCCGUGGUGAUAGCAGUGCUGGCUCUCGCCCUCACAGGAAUUCUGGGAUAUCUGAAAGUCAGAGGUAUGGGGGUAUGGGCAGGGGGAAGGGUUAACUAUAAUAACAUAAUAAUAACAUAAACGGAACAUUAUCUGUCUAUAAUCACAAAUGAGUAAUACUGAGAUAGAGAACUAAGGCUGAAUGAGCUUGCAAGUAAAUGACAGGGUAAAUCAAAUCAAAUCCAAUUUUAUUUGUCACAUGCUCCGAAUACAACAGUGAAAUGCUUACUUACAAGCCCUUAACCAACAAUGCCGUUUUAAGAAAAAUAAGUGUUAAGAAAGUGUUUACUAAAAUAAACUGAAGUAAAAAAUAGAUAAGUAAAAAAUGUAAUGUAGAAGUAGAAGUAUUUUAUCUGUCUGUACCUGACGUCCCUUUUUACCUGUCACCAGGUAACCAGUCCAAGCCCAGUAAGAGACCAGAGGGGACCAGUGAGAUGGAGCCAGUGAAAGGUAAGUCACAGUCCAGCCGUUGUGUAGUAGCAGGACCAUCAACUAACUAUAGUAUCCAGCACAGACCAUCAACUAACUGUAGUAUCCAGGACCAUCAACUAACUGUAGUAUCCAGGACAGACCAUCAACUAACUAUAGUAUCCAGGACAGAACAUCAACUAACUGUAGUAUACAGGACCAUCAACUAACUGUAGUAUCCAGGACAGACCAUCAACUAACUGUAGUAUCCAGGACAGAACAUCAACUAACUGUAGUAUCCAGGACAGAACAUCAACUAACUGUAGUAUCCAGGACAGACCAUCAACUAACUGUAGUAUACAGGACAGACCAUCAACUAACUGUAGUAUCCAGGACAGACCAUCAACUAACUGUAGUAUCCAGGACAGAACAUCAACUAACUAUAGUAUCCAGGACAGACCAUCAACUAACUGUAGUAUCCAGGACAGAACAUCAACUAACUGUAGUAUCCAGGACAGGACAUCAACUAACUGUAGUAUCCAGGACAGAACAUCAACUAACUGUAGUAUCCAGGACAGAACAUCAACUAACUGUAGUAUCCAGGACAGAACAUCAACUAACUGUAGUAUCCAGGACAGAACAUCAACUAACUGUAGUUAUACAGGACAGAACAACAACUAACUGUAGUGUCCAGGACAGAACAUCAACUAACUGUAGUAUACAGGACAGAACCUCAACUAACUGUAGUAUCCAGGACAGACCAUCAACUAACUGUAGUAUCCAGGACAGAACAUCAACUAACUGUAGUAUCCAGGACAGAACAUCAACCAAAAUGUAGUAUCCAGGACAAAAACAUCAACUAACUGAGUAUCCAGGAACAGAACAUCAACUAACGUAGUAUCCAGGAAACCAUCUCUCUCCCCCUCUCUCUUGGGGUUUUUCUCGCCCUUUCUCUUCCGUCUCUCAGAGAUCCAAAGGAAUAGAAGGGAAAGGUCUGACCCUUCCCUUUCCACCCCCCCAUUUCCCACAUUCCCAAAUCCUCCCCCUUGGUUGGGUUUACAAAACAAAACGAAGCCCCGGCCCCCUCUUUCCCCACCUACGACAGCCAAUCACGCUCAGUUCUGCUUAACACCCCCGGGGGGCCUGUUCGCAAUUGGAUUUUUCCCCAGGGGGUUUCCCCUCGGGACGGAUCGAUGGGAAAUUUGGGCAACCCAAUAGUCUGGAACACACAGGGGGUCUAUAAACCCGUGUUUACUCUUUCCCCCCCGAAAAACCACAGAAAAAACCGGGGGGCCCAAAACUCAAGCGUCACUGGUGGGGGAGAUAAAAAACCAACCCAACCACUAACCAUAAAAAAACCCACUAGUGUUGUUGGGGUUUUUUCUUUUCUCUGUCUGUUACCUGUGUGUUGUUCCCGGGGUGUUGGGUUACCCGUUUUUUCUGGUUUUCCUGUGGUUUGUUUUCCCGUUUGUUGUUUACCCCGUGGGGUAGGGUUUCCCCCCCUUUGGGUAUGUUCCUGUUUUUUUUUUUGGGUUACCUGUGUGUCUGUUACCUGGGGGUUUUAUGUUACCUUUUGUGUCUGUUACCCUUGGGGUUUUGUUACCCCUUUGGGUUUCUUUACCUGUGUGUUUUGUUACCUGUUUUGGGGAUGUUAACUUGGGGGUGUAUGUUACCCCGUUUUGUAUAUUUCCUUGGGGGUGUUUUGGGGGGGGGAGGGAAAUUGGGGGGCGGGGAAAAAGGGGGGAAUGGGAAAGGGGGGCUUUGGGUGGGAGGGGAAAAACCGGGGGGAGUUCCCCCGGGGGGGGAGGGAAAGGGGGGGGACCGUGGGGGGGGAAGGAAAGGGGGGGAGGGGUUAACGGUUGGGCGGGGUGUGGGGGGGACCGGUGGGGAUGUUGUUGUGUUUUUUGUUUUAUUUACCGUGGGUUUUUUGGGAUUUAACCCGGGUUUUUUGGGUUGAACGGGGUGUUUUAUUUUUAUGGUUUUACUGUGGGAAAAAGGGGGGAAACGUAUGGACUCAAAAAGGGGGGUCUCAUGGUUUGGUCUUUUGGCCCGGGGGGUGGGAUAAACUUGGUUUUUGGGCUCUUCUCGCCCUCACAGGAAUUCUGGGUUUUCUGAAAGGGCGAGGGGGGGGGUUUUUUUGGGCAGGGGGGGGAAAGGGGUUUAUUAAAAAUUAAAAAUAAUAAUAACAUAAACGGGGGCAUUAUUUGUCAUAAUCACAAAUGGAGUAAUACUGGAUAGAAACUAAGGUGAAUGAGUUGCAAAGGGAAAAAGACAGGGUAAAAAUCAAAUCAAAUCCAAUUUUUUUUUCCCCCAUGCUUCCCCGGGGGAAAAACCAAAAGGGGGAAAGCUUAACUUUCCAAACCCCUUUAAACCAAAAAAUGCCCUUUUAAAGGGGAAAAAAAAGGGGUUAAAUUUGGGGUUUACUAAAAUUUAAAAAAAAGGGAAAAAAAAAAUAAAAUAAAAAAAAAUUUUUGUAAAUUUGAAAAUUUUUUAAUUUGUUUGUUUCCUGACGUCCCCACCCGUGGAACCCGGGCCCAACCCGUUCCCGGGGGGGGUGGGGGAAAAAAGUAGGUUUUUUAGGAACCAUCCCAAAAAUAAAGUUCCCCCAAACCCCUUUAAAGGAGAGACCAAAAACCAGUAAGGAAGAAACCCCAAAAUAAAAUCCACAGCAUCCCCCCUUUUUUGUAUACAGGCCCCUCAACCCCACUUAAAUACCAGGACAGGGCCAUCAUAAAAUGUAGUUCCCCGGAAACCCCUCAAACUAACCUUUUUAUCCCGGACCCCAAAAAAUAAAUUUUUAUCCAGGAAAAGACCAAACAAAAAUAACUGUAGUUUUCCAGGACCCUCAACUAACUUUUAGUAUCCAGGACGAAAUCAACCCAACUGUAGUAUUAAAAGGCAGAAAAAACAACUAAGUAUCCAGGAAAAAGACCAUCAACUACAAAUGUAGUAUCCCGGACCCAAAAAAUAACUAAAAUGUAGUAUCCCGGACAAAAACCCUCAACUAACUGUAGUAUCCCGGACAAACAUCAAAAAUAACUGUAGUAUCCAGGACAGAAAACAAACAACUAAAAUGUAGAUCCAGGACCCCCCCUCAAAAACGUAUUUUCCAGGAAAAAACAAGAAACCCGGCCCGAAAAAAAACUAAAAUGUAGUUCCCGGACAGGAAAAAAUAACUUUUAAAAAAACCUAAAAGGGAGUAUCCAGGAAAAGACCCCUCAACUAACUGGGAUUCCCAGGCAACAUCAAAAUAACUGUAGUUUAAAGAGUAUCCAGGACAGAACCCCUCCCAACGGGAGUAUUUCCGGGAACCCGAAAAAAAAUAACUGUGACCCCCGGGCAGCCCCCAAGGAGAACCAGAACAACAACUAACUUAGUUGGUUAAGAGUAUCCCGGGGAAAAACCCUCAAAUAACUGUAGGGAAUCCGGGCAAACCCCUCAACAACGUAUAUCCAGGAAGAACAUCAACUCUUUUAACCGGUCCCCGUUGUUAAAUAUCCAAAGGGGCAAAAAUCAACUAAACCCUUUUGAUCCGGCAAGGGCCAUCCAAAAUAACUGAGUAUUUCCCGGAAAGACCAUCCAAAUAAAGUAGUAUCCCCGGACCCUCAACCCAACUGUUUGUUCCAGGAACAAAAAAUCAACUAACUUUGUAUUUCCCGGGACCAUUUAACUAACUUAGGAUCCGGACCCGAACCCUCAACUAAAAUGUAGUAUCCAGGAAAAAACACCCAAGACCAUCAACUAACCCUUUUAUAACAGGAAAAAAAUUUUUUUGUACCCCGGAAAAGAACCCUCAACUAACCCGUAGUACCAGGACCAAACCAAAAACCCCGGGCCAACAACAGGAAAAAAAUUUAAUAAAUGUAUUUUCCCCGGACACCAAACAAAAAUCCCAAACCUAACUGUAGUAUCCGGGGCCCAACAAGAAAACCAAACCCCCCCAAAAACCCGUAUAUCCAGGACAGAACAUCCAAAAAUGAGUAUCCCGGACAGCAAAAAACCCCAAAAAGAACAUUAACUAACCCGUAUUCCAGGACCCGAACAUAAAAAAACUGGGAAUUUUCAGGGGCCCGGGCCAUCAACUAACUGUAGUUUCCGGACAACCAAGAACCCAGAAAAAAAGACAGCCCCCCAGAACCCUCAACUAACUUUUUUGUAUCCCCGGGCCCGCCAUCAAAAUAAAAAUAGUAUCCCGGACCCGAACCCUCAAAAUAAAAGUAGAUCCAGGACUAACAAACCAGCCCGGGGAGAACCCUAAAAAUUUAAAGUAGUUUUCCCGGACAGAAAAAUCACCCAAACCUUUUUAAAAUGUUUGUAUAAGGACAAAAACCCAAAAAUUUCCCAAAGCUAAACCCGUAGUAUAAAGGACAUAACAUCAACCCAACUUUUAGGAUCCCGGGACCCGACCAUCAACUAAAUUGGGAGGGAUCCCGGACAAACAAACAACCCAAAAUGUAUUAAACCAGGACAGAACCAUCAACCCAAAAUGUAGUAUCCCCGGACCGAAAUCAAAAAUAAAAGGGAAAUAUUUCCGGGAAAAAGAACAUCAACUAAAAUGAGUUUUUCCCGGGCCCCAAGGGACCCGGAAAAAAUAAAAAAAUGUAGUUUCCAGGACAAACAUCAAAAAACCCUUUGUAUCCCAGGGGCAAACAUCAACUAAUUUAGAUCCAGGACAAAAUCCAAAUAACCCGUAGUUCCAGGAAAAGGGCCCUCAACUAAUGUAGUUUUCCAGGACCCCCGAAAAAAGCCCGGCAGAACAUCAACUAAAACUUUAGUUCCAGGGAAAAAGACCACAACUAAAAAUUUGGAUCCCGGACGAAAAUCCCCCCCAAAAUUGUAUCCAGGAAAAGACCAUCAACAACUGUAGUAUCCAGGAGGGGCCCUCAAAAACUUUUUUAGUAUCCAGGACGCCCUCAACUAACUGUAUAUCCCGGGCCACAAAAUAACUGUGUAUUUCCCGGGACCCAAACCCUCAAAUAACUGUUUCCAGGCAAAACCCUCAAAAACUGUGUAUCCAGAAAACAUCAACUAAAUGGGGGAUCCAGGAAGAAACCUCAACUCGUGUAUCCCGGACCAAUUUAAAUGAAUAUCCAAGGGCCUCAAAAUAACUGUAUUUUCCCGGCCCCUCCCCCUUAAAAUGUUUUGUAUCCAGGACAGACCCUCAAAAUAACUUAGUAUCCAGGGCCGAACCCCAACAACUUUUGGUAUCCAGGGAAAAGACCAUUUAAAAAUAACUUUUAGUAUCCAGGACAGAAACAAUAAAAGGACCCGGGAAACCUCAACUAACUUUAGGGUUUCCAGGAACAGAACAUCAAAUAAAAUGUAGUAUCCGGAACAGAAAAAAAUCAACUAAAAAAAUUUUUGGGAAACCCCGGACAGCCCCAAAAAGCCAGCAGAAAUCAAAUAACUGUAUUUUCCGGACCACAAAACGAAAAUCCCAAACUAACCCGUAGUAUUCCAGGACAGCCACAAAACAAACCCAAAAAAAACUCGUAGAUUUCCCGGAAACCCCCCAACAACAACCAGGCCGCAAAAAGAGGGAACCCGGAACCUCAACAAAUGUAGAAAACCCGGACCCGAAAAAUCCCCCUAACUGUAGUAACCCGGACCAGAAAAAAACAACUAACGGGGAGUAUCCAGGCCCGAAAUCAACUUUAAAAUGUAGGAUCCCCGGACAGAAAAAAUCCCCGAACAUCAACAAACCGUAGUAUCCAAAGGGCAGGAAAAAAACCUUGCCCGGCCCGAACAUCAACUAACUUAGUAUCCAGGAAAAAGAAAUCAACUAACUGUAGUAUCCAGGGAAAAAGGAAGACCCGGAAACCUCAAAUAACUGUUUGUUCCAAAGGGCAGAAAAUCCAAAUAACUGGAGUUCCAGGACAAACAUCAAUUAAAUUUAUCCAGGACCCCGAACCCUCAAAAUAAAAUGUAGUAUCCCGGACAGAAACAAAACCCAGAACCCAGAACAUAAAUAAACCCGUAGUUCCAGGACAAAAACCCUCAACUAACUGAGUAUCCAGGACAGAACCCUUCCCCCAAAAGAGGGAAAAGGGCGAAACAACCAAGAACCCGGACAGAACAUCAUAACUGUAAUUUCCCGAACCCUCAAAUAACCCCGGUUAAUCCAGGGGCAAAACCCUUUAAAAUUUAAAGUGUAAACCAGGACAGAACCCCAAAAAUAACGUAGGGAUCCCGGGCAGAACAUCAAAUAACUGUAGUAUUAUUUGUUCCCGGGGCAGAACCUCAAACAAUGUAGUUUUUCCAGGGGGGAACCCAACCAGCCCCGGAAAGAAAAAACUAACUGUUUUAAACAGGGAAAAAGGGCCCUCAACUAACUUAGAAAACACCAAAAAUCAACUAACUGUUUUAUCCAGGGCAGAAAAAACCAAAUUUUUAAAAAUAAGUAGAUCCCGGGCAGACCCAUCAAACCCAACUGUAUUAUCCCAAAGGGAGAACCCCUCAACUAAUGUAGUAUCCAGGGGCCCCCAGAACCCCCAAAAACAAAUAAAUGUGGAAACCAGGACGACCCUCAACUAACUGGUUAGGAAAAAAAUCCAGGCCGAACAAGAGCCCGGGAAACAUCAAAUAACUGUAGUUUAAACCGGACCCGCACAACACUAAUGUAUUCCAGGGCCCCCCCAUCAAAUAAAUGUAGUAUCCCGGACAAAACAUCAAAAACUGAGUACCGGCAGAACAAUCGAGACCCGAACCAAACAACUAACUUAGUUUAAACCCGGACCGAACCCCAACCCAACUGUAGGAUCCAGGAAGGAAAAACAUCAACUAAAAAUAGUUUCCGGGGGCAGAACCAAAACUAACGGAGUAUCCCCGGGGCGAACAUCAAAAAUAAAAAUUUUGUAAACCCGGAAAAAUCCAAGAACAUAAACUAACUAUGUGUAUCCAGGGGCAGAACAUCAAAUAACUUGUAUCCCCGGACAGGGAAACAAAACAAAACCCGGCCCAAACUUAACCAAGUGUAGUAAACCAGGAACCCCGAAAAAAUCAACUAACUGUAGUAUCCAGGACAGAACCAAACAACUAACUGUAAAUAAAACCCGGGUCCAACCGAAUCCCAAAAUAACUAUCCGUAUCCCGGACAGAAACAAAAACAUCAGAAAAUAACUGUAGUUUUCCCCGGACAGAACACCCAAAUAACCGGUUUAUCCGGAACCCGGAAAAAAUCAAAAUAACUUUUAAAUUUCCAGGGCAGAACCCUCAACAACUGGGAAGUUUUCCAGGAAAAAAAGAACCAGAACAUCACUAACUGUAGUAUACAGGGCAAACCUCAAAAUAACUGUGUAAACCCGGACAAACCUCAAAUAACUGUUGUUUUAGGGGAAAACAUUUAACUAAAUGUAGUAUCCAGGACAGACCCCUCACCUAACCCUUUGUAUCCAGGACCAAACUCAAACCCAACUGUAGUAAACCCGGAACCCGCCCCCAAACUAACUGUAGUAUCCCCAGACCAUCAACUAACUGUAAGUAUCCAGGACAGUCAACUAACUUGUAAUAUCCCGGACGAACCCUCAACUAACUGUAGUAUCCAAGGGCAAACAUCAAAUAAAAUGUAGUAUCCAGGAAAAGACCAUUUAACCCAAAUGUUUUAAAACCAAGGACCGCAUAAAAAGGGAAACCAGGGCAGAAAACCGGGACCCGGGCCCUCAAACCCAAAAUUUAGUAUCCCGGACAGGGCCAUCAAAUAACUUUAGUAUCCAGGCAAACAUCAACUAACUUAGUAUCCAGGAACCCCGAACCCUCAAAAUAAAGGUUUGUUUAAAGGGCAGAACCAAAACAAAUAAAAUGUAGUAAAACCCGGGCAGAACUCAACUAAAAUGUAUAUUCCCAAGGGCCAUCAAAUAAAGUUUAUUUACAGGGGGCCCUCAACUAACUGUGGGUUUCCCGGACCCGCCCCCAAAAAAUAACUUAAGUUUAAAAAACUCCCAGGACAGGACCAAAAACAAAAUAAGUAGAAACCAGGACCAGAACAUCAAAUAACUGUGGAUCCAGGAAAAAGAACCCUCAACUAACUUAGUAUCCCCGGGGCAAAAUCAACUAACUGUUUGUAUCCCCGGACGAACCCCAAAUAAUUAAUAACUGUUAAUAAGUAGUAUCCAGGACCGCAACAAGGGCCCCGGCAGAACCCUAAAAAUAACUGGGAGUAUCCCGGGGAAAAUCCAAAUAAAAUGUAGUUCCCGGAAAAGACCCUCAACCCAAAUGUAGAUCCGGACAACCCCAAAAAAGGGCAGAAAAAUAAAAAAAAAACUAACUUGUUAGGGUAAAGGAUCCAGGCAGAAAAAUAAAAUAACUGUAGAUUCCCGGACCCCGGCCCUCAACUAACUGUGUAUCCAGGACCACCCCAAAACCCAAAAAAGGCCCGAAACAUAACCCAACUUUUUAAUAUCCAGGACCAUCAAAUUUAAUGAGUAUCCAGGACAGCAUAAACCCCCUUAAAAAUUUUUUUUAACGUUAUUUUUUUAAAAACUUAUUUUUAAAGCCAUCAAUUUUUUAAGUUCCCAAAAAAACACCCAAAAAGUUUCCGGAAAGGCCUCAAAAUCGGGUACCAGAAGAAACUUUCCGUUUCCCACCCAAAAUAAUCUUUAAUGUUUUUGGGGUUUUUUAAUGUGUUUUGGGAAGGCCUCCCAAAUGCCCCUUUUUCCCUUUUCCGGAAGGGAACUCACUUUUAGUUCCGGACGAAAAACCGUGAUUUCCAAAGAAAUUAAAUGUAUUUUUUUUUUAGGGGAAAAAAAUAAUUUAAAAUUUAACAGUUAAAGGGAACCCCUAACUAACUUUUCCAAAAAGAAAAAUUUUAUUAAUACAAAAAAAAGGGUUUAAGGGCGGGAAAUUUUUUUCUGGGGGUUUCCGACCACAAAUAACUUGGGUUCCCAAAAGAACCCAAUCUCGGAAAUUCCCAAAGAAAUUAAAAGGUUUCCCCUCAAUAAGAAGGCCGGCAUCCCUGAGGGAUUAAAACGGGCCUCACCAAUUAGAAAAAGAAAACAAGGGGUAAAGGAAUAAACAAUUUAAGUGUCCCGCGCUUUAAAACCCAAGCCCGGCAUUAACUAAUGAGUUCCACCCCCCUUAUAGCAAAGCUUUCUUUUCCGGACCGGUAAUAAUUUUGGGUUGAAAUAAUUGAGUAAUUUCCCCGGCAGCUAAAAUUGGGAAAAAAAAAAAAUGGAGGGGAAAGGGUUCAAAAGGGGUUUAACCCGGGAAAAAAAAAAUUUUAUAAACCGUUACUUUUGGGGGUUUGAACCGGUUCAGAACUUUAUUUUGCUGGUCGGAACAGUGGAACGGAACAACAACAAAAUAAUGGUUCUGUUCAGAGCGAAACGAUUGGAAAAUAAUUUCGGUUCCAACCCCUGAUUUUAACAUCCGUACUGCUUAGCCCUGAGAGCAUGAUAACUAGUGUAUGAUGUGUACUUCUGUUUGGUGAGUAAUCUCUCCCUCCCAUAUUGUCUUUUAUCCCAGAUGCCAAUGAGAGAGGCUUGUCUGAGAGCAGUCCCCUGACCACAGGAGAGUCCCUGUCGACAGAAUAUGUCAACACACCCACCCUCAAACAUGUUCCCGCCGCCAUGCCAGAGACUGCAUGACCUACACAGCUGGUGGAUGGAGCGGCAGUACCAUAACUAAGUCUACCUGAGGCUUAUAAAUAAUAUGCCAUUUAGCAGACGCUUUUAUCCAAAGCGAUUUACAGUCAUGCGUGCAUACAUUUUUUUUGUGUAUGGGUGGUCCCGGGGAUCGAACCCACUACGUUGGCGUUACAAGCGCCGUGCUCUACCAGCUGAGCUACUUUCAGGCUUAGGAUGAGGACUGGCAGGAUUGACAUUACUCACCAUCAGCUGGCCUGAAAGUGAUCCACAGUUACAGCAGUGAACUGUAAUAUUUAGGACACAUAACUGCAAGGGACUUCCUUCACCUGGAGACUGCUGAUGUUGGCCUUUUAGAGAUUGUCACUGUUUUUACCUACCUGCGUUGAGCAGUAUAUCAAAACUACUCCAGGAGAUGAUUUUUUAAAUGUUUGACUAAAAUAAAUCAAAAGUAAUAAAUGUUGAAGAACUUUAAUUAUAUCCAGGAAUUAGUUGGAAACCAUAUCCAUGGUGGAUGUCCGUGGAGAGUAUGUGGAAGUGGAGGGGAGGCCAAUUCAUUGUCAUGUAAUUCAUACAGACUUUAUAGCUUUAAUCGGCCAACCAGUCAAAUGCUACACAGUUGCUACUGAGUUUUUUCAGUCAUUAUCUGCUGGCCUUGCAGUCUAUCCAUGACAUUUCGCUUUAGCACGGUCGCUACCUUGUCCUGUAUAGCAAGCUCAGCCACAACUGGGGAGCAGCCAAGUCCCUAUCUAAUCUGUAAAUGUUUGACAAUGCCUACACUUUGCCCUACACUUAUUCGGCCAAUAGUAAAAGCACUUGUGUAAGGAGAGGCACACUCCUCACUUCACAACCUGAAUGGCUACAACUUUUAGGAAUAAUCUGUAACAAAACUGGAAUGACAAGCACAGGUACUGGAUUCUUUACAAUCCAAUAAGAGGGAGAGGAGUUUGUUUCCACAACGAUAACACUGUGGUCUGGUCUCCGUGGAGAUGGCCUGGGGUCUGGUUUCCAUGACAUUAAGGGCUCUGGUGCCGGUGGUGAUUCUGCUCUGGACUUUCACAUCCACAGAUGGGGGAGGUGAAUAACAACCAUCAUCAGUCUGUCUUAGUUCAUCUGUCUUUACCUUCUGUCUGUCUCAAAAUAUUACAUUCCAAAAUAACUCCAACAGAUGUAGGAACUUAAUUUGAUCACUCUUUUGUUGCUGUGAAUUUUCCUGCAGUUCUAAUGUACUCAAGUUUUUAAAAAGGCUUCUAAAGAUUGUAAUUUCCACUUUUAAAUGGCAGACUUGAUUUUCCCUAAUGAAAAAUGUAUCAACCCCUACAAAAAAUGUCCAUUAAUUAUAAUCUACAUAAUAAUUCACAUUUCCUGCUGUAGAUCCUACAUCUGUAGUCCUAGGUCUGUUUGACAGUAAGUGCUGAGCUAGCAGCAGCUGGGAGGAGGGAAGUUGUUAUCACACAGGACUGAAAGGGUUUUACUUACAUAAACCCACCGGAAUCACCUCACAUGAGUUUAACUGUAAAAAAAAAGCUUCUCUGAAAAAUGAGUUACUUAAUUCAAGAGCAGACUUUUCCUGUUGUGCGUAGUGAUCUUUGGCCACGUCCACCUUAAGGCAAAGUAUUAUACAGAUGAAUCAUCAUGUGAUCAUGUGACUGACUAUAAGGUCUGAAGAAAGUCUCUCUGUGAUUAUGUUUGAACAACUUUAUAGGAUGAAUCAGUGAUUCAACAGCAGAUGUUGCAGGCUAAGAUGGUUUAACAAUGUAAAUGAUUGCUGAAUGAGUGUGGUAUGAUUAGAGGCAUGAAGGAAGUUUAGUCAUUCAGGUCUGACUGGAGUCUUUACUUUAGAUUGUGAUUUUAGUUGGAGGUUAGGUGCUGUGGGUGAGGAGGGGGGUGGGUGGAGGACAGAGGAGGACCACAAUGACAGAUUAGACUCAGGUUAAUAUUAACAAUAUUAACAAUAAUAACAGGUUAAUAACAGGUUAAUAACACUCUGAUAUAAACCAAGGGCCUACUCACUUUACCAAGGUAUCUGACUAUUGGGGAGUAUAGGAGUCUGUGUUUGAAUCCCCUCUUGUCCAGAUGUUCAUUUAACGUGUGUGUUUAUUCUCUUGCAGACAUCCAUGUAACCUGUCUGUUCUCAGAGGAUUGUGUCCUGGCCUGCAGCUUCCAGCCUGACAGUGAGGAAGUAAUCCACUGGCUGAAACUAAAAGACAAGGACCCGACCGUCCACUCCUACUACUACAGUACAGAUCAGCUCAAAGAGCAGAGCCAGCGUUACAGAGGGAGAACAGCCCUGUUCAAUGACCAGAUCCCCAAAGGAAACGCUUCACUACUGCUGAGAGGACUCACACUCCAGGACCAGGGCAGAUACAAGUGUUACACCAGCACUAUUAAAGGCAACAAGGAGUCCUUCAUUAACAUGGCAGUGGAGGGUACGGAAUAUCUGUCUGUCUGUCUGUCUGUCUGUCUGUCUGUCUGUCUGUCUGUCUGUCUGUCUGUCUGUCUGUCUGUCUGUCUGUCUGUCUGUCUGUCUGUCUGUCUGUCUGUCUGUCUGUCUGUCUGUCUGUCUGUCUGUCUGUGAUGAUCACUUUAUGGCUGCUGUAAUGUCUACUUUGUUGCAGCUCCAGUCCGCUUGGUGGACAUACAGGUAUCAGAUGACAUCAUCACCUGCAGUUCUACAGGUAUCUAUCCUAAACCUAAACUCACCUGGUCCACUGACCCCCCCUCUGACCUUUCAUUUGACCCUGGAACCAUCCAGAACUCCACCAGCACCAAGGUGGAUGACCGGGACCUCUAUGACAUCACCAGCACAAAACAGUUUAUCAGAAACCGAACCAACAUCUGUAACGUGACCUCUGGGACAGUAGAAAGGACAGCAACCCUGAAACAGCAAGGUAAUCAAUUGAUCAACCUGUUAAUCAAACAAUUUAUAAAUCAAUGAAUAAAUUCAUCAAUCAAUUUUUCUGGCUAUAAACUCUACAAAAUCAAGACAACAAUGCGAGACAGUAUGCAAAGAUCAAGCUAAAAAGGCGCUUUCUUAUGACAUAAUUUCAGAUCCGGUCCAGGUUUCUCCAAGAGGUGAAGUGUCCAUCCCCUGCAGUGUCUCUCAGUCUGACCUCCUGACCUUUAACCUCACCUGGGGGUUCAACCAGAUAGACACCAUCCUCACCUCCACCUACACCAAGGGCACAUCUCAGAUGUACGUUAACGACCAGUGGAAGGAGCAGGUUCAGAGUUUGUCUGACUCUGGCAGCCUUCAGCUCCACAAGCUAACCGUGGUCCACCAGGGAAUCUACAGCUGUGAACUCUCUACUGCCAGAGACUCACACCUGGUCCUCACCUACCUGGAGAUCACACCUGAUAAACCAUCUGAUGGUACAAAGUUUACUUUUACUAUUUACCCUCACUGUAAGUUACAUGAUCACAUUCAACAAUAAAACUGCAACUCUGUAUUUUCUCCUUCAGUUUCAGAUGGACUGAGUCCAGGUUCAAUCACUGGUAUAACAAUAGCAGCAGUGAUUAUAGCAGCAGUGAUUAUAGCAGCAGUGAUAUGUUACCGACAGAGAGGUAAGUUAUGAUGAUGAUGACAUCAUAAUCUGUUGAAACAUUUAACACAACCACCUCCUGAUGGACAGAGAGGAGGGUUACAUUGGUGGCUUUUGAUGAACAGCUUUCAGUUUCUGCUAUUUUACUGUCUCCCAUCUCAAGGUUUUCUGCCCAAAUCCAAAAAAGUAACACGGUCAUCUGAAGAGGGAGAGUCACUCUCUGCCACAGGUUGA